GCCAGGACUGGCCGCCAUUUUGAAAAUAUAAAAAAAAGUAUAAAUGUUAAGUACGAAUUUACGCCUACUUUGUCCACGUAAAAAUUCGGAUUGACUCAGCCAGUACUGACUACAAUUUUCAAUAAUCGCUCCUACAGUUAUAAUUGCAGCUGCUGGGUACGAGUAAGGUUCGUGCCUUCCCCUGACCGCCUGACCACAGGCCUGACGGCGGUUUGACACACGUGUUGCUGUGAUAGAAGUAUGGCUGCUGCGAAUUUGGAUGUUUCUACUUUGCAAAUUGUUGAUGAUAAUCCCUUUAAAUCUCUAGAAGAAAGUCUCCAUGUUUUGUUGCAUAAACUGAAAGAGGAGGCAACUCUUUCCAUCAAGUUGGAAAGUGCCAAAUUACAUUGCCGUACAGCUUACUGGAAUACACUGGGUAAUUGUAUACAAGCAGUGUCCAAAGAGUGCACAAAACUUUCCCUGGCCUUUACCAAACCACCAUUACCUUCCCAUAAGGACACUGUUGCUCUGGCAAAUGGACUAAAUAUUGGUGUCACUGCUGUGUUUGAAACAUACAAAGCAUUUGAUCAACGAGAAGGAGCUCUGCUGCAUAAUGUGUUAAGAACCUAUGUCAUGGACCUAACCAAAACUUUAGCAAACUUUGUAUCAUCAUUAAGACAUGCCAAAAAAGAUGAAAUAUUGAAAACGGUUGGAGUUGUAUGGGAAUGCUGUGAAUGCUUUACCACCAUACCAAAAGACAUAAAGGAAUUAGCCUUAAAGGAAACAAAGUCCUGUUUUGGGUUAAUAAACGAUGCAAUUGCUGAGUUAGAAGAGUACCAACAGGAGUGGAAAGAGAAUUGUAACUGUGAUGUUAGACAGAAUGAAACAGAAAAUAUGUCGCCAUUAGACAAUUUGAAUGAGCAGCCUAUUUUGGCUUCAAUAGGUAUUGCUAAGGUUGCCAAGUCUUUAUUGAAAAAGGUUACAAAAUGUUUCAGUAAAAAUGCUCAAAAUGAUGAUGUUUGCAAGAUAAAUGAAUUGGAUACUAUAGCUCAAACAAUUAAGCUUGUUAGUCCAAGUGUGGACAAUCUUUUCUGUGGUGUUUAUUCCGAAUCUCUUACUGAAGUGCAAAAGGAGGGCUUGGAACUGGUUGGUACACUGGAAAAGAUAAUCCAACUCUGCAGGUCGUCGCAUUUUUGCUUGGACGAGGAUAAAUGUUGGCUGGAUUUCUUAUAUCAAGCUCUGGAUCACAAUUUCAAGAAAUUUACCAUUACCGAUUGCAGUACUUGAUGUUACCCGAAGGUAUAGUGACCGGGAUGGGAUGCCCUUAAUGGGACGUUGAACGCGAAUGUCGCACGUAAGGGUAGACUAUGGCACGCCUCUUCAAAUGUGCAGUAUUCGGGUUCCGUCCGAAAUUCUGAAAUUGCCACAGAUGGGACCCGAUGACUAAAGAAGUGCGCUGUUCACGGUAAAAAAAUCUAACUCGUAUUAUACCUCAAAUUCAAAUUUUCCAAUCAAAAAACAUAUGUACCAUGUGACGAGGAGAUUUUUCGCGGUAUCACAUAGCUAGGGGUGUGACAUUAAAUUUAUCACACUGUGAUAAAUUAUUAGAUUUAUCUAACGCGACGUCGCGCGAGGACUACACGCACCCACUGAAAAUAAAACCAACUCCUACACUAAAAUUAUGUUCACAUUUCUGUAUUUUUAAACACCAACUGAUCACAUGAUGAGAUCAAUCGUUUCACUAUUUAGUUAUAUAUAUAGCUACAUAUUUACGUGUUUGCAAGCAAAUCUUGAUGAUUUUAACAUCAAACUCUACUUUUUAUAAUUAUGUAAUGAUAUAUUAUAGUUCCAUUCAAGUCUAUAUAUAAUACCGAUUAACGUAAACAGUCAAUCUAUGUUUACAUCACAAGUACACUUAUAUUCACGGUGUAAAUAAAUGCAUGAAAGUUUAAAUUUUUAAAAAAAACUAAAAUGACAGUUCUAAUAUAAGAUAGAAGAGGAACUAUAUACAUAUAUAUAAAACGUAUAUACGUAUGUGAGGAAUUUGCGAAUUGUUUAAACUAAUUAGGGGUCACGGCAAGAUGUACUCAUCUAUUCUUUCGUAAGUGCUUUGUCUCAUAGUUUCCCGUUUCACGUCAGGGGCAGGCAUUGUUUUUAAGCUGUUAUUU